CAGCUAUCGGCGUCGCGAGGCUCGGAGGAGGAGAGUGCCGAGCGGGGCUGGCCUGGAAUUGCUGCCGCUGCCGCCGCCUCCUCCGCCGGCGCUCUCCCGCUCUCUCCCUCCGCUGGCCGGAAUGGGUGCUUUGUCACGCACGGGGAGGCGGAAAACAAGCAAGGCUGCUGGCCCAGCCUAAGCGGCGGCGCCGUCCUUUACAAAGAUCGCGCUGAGAGAACAGGGAGACAAGGCUGCUUUUGCUCUCGACGCCGUCGCUUACUCUUCUUCCUCCUCCUCCUCCAGGCUUUUUUCCCAUCUGUCGAGCGCGCCCCGAAGAAAAGGACACCCCUCCGCCCCCCUUCUUCGGGCUGGCUUCGCAUUGUUUUAGCUGCUGGUGCUGGUCGCCGCGCAGCGGGAAAGUCGAGCGUCCUCCUUCCUUGCAGCAGCAGACUCGGGUUGGCUCUUGCACAGUACUGGGAAGUUGGAAGUGUCUCAGAAGGGGGUGAGACUGAGGGAAACAGAAGACUCCACGAAAGAUGGAGACUGAGCUGGAACCUCCAUGUGCUGUUCCGCAGGCUCACUGCCAGGAAAUGCAGCACUCGGCCCCUUCAGAGGUCUUCCCUCCUCCUCUGAGGAUCCCUGAAAAGAUACCACCAGUCAAGCCUUGCUUUAAGAAAAAACAGCAGAUGCAGAAAAGGCUGGAUACAGAAGCACUCAGGGCUUUGCAUCCCAUCUUCACCAGUCUGCUUGGUGCAGGCACCUUGGAUGCCAUCUUUGUGCCCAGGGGGCAGAACUCUGACCAUGGUAACCUCUGUGAGCCUGUUGCAAAAAAGAACUUGGGGAUUGCGUCUCCGUGCCCACCACCGAAUAACAGUGUGCCAGUUCUGAUGCCAGGAGCUCCAGGAGCUCAGGGGCAAAUAUCCGAGGGUCCUCCUGAGCAGGGAGCCCAGCCCGGGGAGCAGAGCUUCCCCUCCGCUACCUCUCCAGCUAAUGAGCCAUUCCAGGACCGCUCCUUGCAUGCUGCCUCUGGUGAUGCUGCUGCCUUUCCUUUGUGCCCUGGGAAGAUACUUGAAGGUUACCCACCUGGGGUGCUCCCAGACAAUAAUAGCUGCCUGGUCCGGUGUAACGGGAACCCAAGCGAUAAGUUUGGAGCAGGGCUUUUCCAGAACAAAAGUGAGGAAGCUUCCCUUGACCUUGUGUUUGAACUCUUGAACCAGCUGCAAUAUCACACCCACCAGAAGGACAGGGUUGACAUCUGUGUGGAUUUCCUACAAGGCAUGUGUAUAUUUGGCAGCGACUGCCCUAAGCAUCACACAGUCCUGCCAUAUCACUGGCAGGUCAGGAGGACGGCUACCCAGAUAUGGCAGAGUGUGACCACCGACUCUCAGGAGCAUCUGGAAAGACUCUACUGCAAUCCGGACAAUGACAAAGUCAAAAUAAGAUAUCGUGGUCAUGAAUUCUUAGUAGAUUUGAAUACUUUGACAUUUUAUGAUACAACGGAAUUUGACCAGUUGAGGAGACUGUCCACACCCGUGUGUACGAAUGCCAACUCCAACUACUACACGGUCUGGAAAUACUUCUGCAGGGAUCACUUUGGCUGGAGAGAAUACUCGGAGCCUGUUGUACGAUUGAUAGAAGAAGCCAACUGUCGAGGGCUGGCAGAAGUUCGGUUUGUUACAUGGCACAAUCGUUACAUCUUGAACAUUAAAGAUGGCUUCCAGCAGAAUGCAUGUGUUCGAAGAGAGAUAAAGAAAAGGCCGCUCUUCCGCUCCUGUGUGAUCCUCAUGCCCUUCUUGCAGACUCUUGGUGGCAACCCCACAGUUCCAACGACUGAGGCCAUUCCCUCACAAGUCUUAUCCCCAACAGUGGUUACCUCUCCAAACUUCUAUCCUGAAACGUGGAUUAGCAUGGAUCCAGUUCAGGACUUCAUUCAAGUGCCUGUUUCAAAGGAAGACAAAAGCUACAGAACCAUUUAUAAUCUUUUCCAUAAGACUGUGCCAGAGACCAAAUACAGAAUUUUGAAAAUACUGCGAGUUCAAAACCAGUUUUUGUGGGAGAAAUACAAGAGAAAAAAGGAAUAUAUGUCUAAGAAAAUGACAGGACUUGACCGGAUCAUGAACGAAAGACACUUGUUUCACGGGACCUCGGAAGAUGUUGUGGACGGCAUCUGCAAGCACAACUUUGACCCUCGGGUGUGUGGGAAGCAUGCCACCAUGUUUGGGCAAGGCAGUUACUUCGCUCGCAAAGCCAGCUACUCUCACAACUUCUCCAAGCGCUCGCCCAAAGGGGUCCACUACAUGUUCCUGGCGAAAGUGCUGACAGGCAGGUACACAGUGGGCAAUCACAGUAUGCGGAGACCUCCCCCUGUGAACCCCGCCAGUAUCACCAGUGACCUGUACGACUCCUGCGUGGACAACUUCUUUGAGCCUCAGAUCUUUGUAAUUUUUAACGAUGACCAGAGCUAUCCCUAUUUUGUUAUCCAGUAUGAAGAAGUUAGCAACACUGUCUUGAUCUGAAAGAUAGAUUUCGUGUUGAUAAGUUAUUGUUUGUAACCAACUUUAAUCUGAUAUUUGUAGAAUGGACCCUGUUGUCAGGGAGAGGAACAACAAUUGUGGAACUUUUAAUAAAGAUAUGGGGGGUUUAGGGUGGGAAAAUAAAACAUUUUUAAACUCCCAAAAAGACCAAUUGUGCAUUUGCUAUUUUUUGUGCAAACUGUACAUAUUUUUCCAUUGUUUAAUAGUUCAGAGAGGGUGGGGGGAGAAACUGUGCCUUUUGUUAUAAACACUAUUUAUGUUAGUAAACGUAAUGUUUUAAACAA